AACCAACUCGCGUUCCUCUCGUUCCCUUGCAGGCGCGAGAAAAAUAUUCCACAUUCCUUCCGCAGCUGUCUAUAUAUCGCGCGAUAGAAGUGUGUGUACAGGCAGCGGGCAGGGGUGUGCUGCAGAGCAGCAGCAGCUCAUCAGGAGUCAGUUUCGGCUAGGAGUCUUCCUCUCGCGGAGUCGUUAUCCCCCAGAGAAUUGUCCGUCUGCGCGUAUUAAGCUGCCAACGCAGUGAGUAGACACUCAGUGCCGUGUAUUAAGCGCAAAACGAGAUCUCUGCAGUCGAGACGAUUACUUAAUCCUCCCCGAAGAGGAGAGGAGACACCUCCCGACUCUCCGGACGAGUGUUGCUGCCGCUGGCCGUGAGUGAUGAGCCGAGGAGAUUAUGGUAGCGACGAGCAGUAUGGUCUAUGAGGAGAUUGUGGCGGUUAGGGGCAGCUGACCCCAACCACCCCGGAGUCUACUGAUGCGGCGAGCCAUGCCACACAAUCUCAACAACAGCUCGGCCAACGCCGCCGCGGGUAACAACUCCGGGGACGGCGGCUUGCAGACGGCCUUUGGACCGCUGCAGUCUUACAGCCAUCGGAUCAACCAGGAUGCCGCUUUUCAGCCCGAGAAAGAGCCGGUCGAGUUCGACUGUAGGCACCUGCGCGGCGCCCCAGCGGAGGUGGAGGCUCUGGUGCACAGUAUCAAGGAGGUGGCCCAGCAGUUCCUCUACCACUGGAAGACCUUCCCCAUCGUCUUGCCGCCCAGUCUUUCUACCAGCAAUUCGGCGACCGCCACUUCCGGAGCUCCGGGCUCGAACAACCCCCAGCAGCAAGCAGAGGACAGUCUCGCCCGUAAGAAACACCAGCAGUACCACCUCAGGGACAUGUUCGUCGCUCCGAGCUUCGAUGAACUCGACGCCGUCGCCGUCGACAGCAAGGGCGAACCUCGACGACUCACCAACAAACAACUCGAGAGCAUUCGCGAGAGAGGCUUGCACAAGGAUAAGUACGGAAAGCCGAAGAAGCUGAAUGCCACUCAGUUGGAAAGCAUUCGCAGAUGCGGGGAAUUCGAGGUGGAUUCGAUAAACUUUGCGGGUCAGACUCAUCGCUGGCGGCUGAGUGGACUGCUUCAGCGCGGUAGGGAUCGACGUCGCGAUGCCCUGUUGAAAGAUCUCGCGCUGGCCACAAGAUUCAUCGUCGUCACGGCUAAGGGUCGGCUUGUCUCGCACUGCUUCAGCGUCUCCGAGUCACUCAAGGCUUUGCUCACUGGUCUGCUUAGACUGCUCGAUAUCACAAUCGGAGUGCCCUCUCUGCAGGCACAAAAUCUGGAUGCCAAAAUUAGCGAGGAACGAUGCAGAUACCUCGUUGCCGAACUAGUCUGCAGGCCCGAGUACGAGGACUCGCUAGAGCUUCUCUGUGGAUUCAUCCGCCGACAGUUGCAGCGCGCGACAAUGGAGAAGUUCGAGGUAGAACGCGAAUCCCAGAUGCUACCGGUGCCUGUGCCCUUCGUCUUCGGUACGCCCGGAGGUGCCGCCGUUGAUCUACGCCUUUUCAACCGAGCCAUCAUCAGGAAAGCCUUGCCGACUCUCAUUGUCAUACUCGAGAGGGAGACCAGAGGAUGGUUCCUCCACUUCCGGGAGAAGCUCAUCUCCGAGCUGAGAGCGCAGAAGAAGUCCGAUGAGGAGAUUGAGAGGGAAGUAAACGAAGCUGUGAUGCGCGAGUACCUGCAGCGCGUUUACUCGUCGAUCCUCUCGCACCCGGACAUCGUUGCUCUGGGCGAGGGAAUUCCUCAGCUUCUCAUACAGCAGGCGCAAUCAGUCCUCCUGAUGCAUCGAGCUGUUGAGAACGUGCAACGUAAACUUGCCCGCACCAAAGAGGCACUGCGUGAGCGCAUAGAGCGGGAUCACCCAGUGCUCUCGCGUAUCGGACCCUGGAUGCGUGACCGAAUGCGCGAGGCCGAAGCCAAAUUUAUUCAGGAGUGCGAGUGGAGCGCUCACGAAGAAGCCCUUGCUCUUUGCAACCAGCAAAAUCUCCAGCAAACGCUUUAUUUCCUUAACCGCGAUCUCACCUUUAUGAGAGAGAGAGAACCAGUACUUCUGAAAGAGCUGAGAAAGGUGAAGACGCCAACUAGGAGCUUCCAGUGGCCGACGCAGAUAUGGCUUCCCAGAAAUUGGAUAGUUAAACGUAGUUUUCAAGGCCAAUCCGAAAUCAUACCGACGGUACUGAGCAACACUCCGACCUCAAUUACGACGCCUCGAGCGGAUCCGAGUCAGCCUGUAUUCUUUGUCGAAAGAGAGAUCGUCCAUACUACUACUACCAGGUGGCCCAUGUGGCGAUGGAUAAACUACGUGUCGCGCACCUGGUGCUGGACCUGGAACGCCAUGUUCCUGUUCGGUGUGGCUCUGCCUUGGUGUAGUCCUGUCUCGCUUCGAGCCCUUCUGCUCAUGCAUCCGUUCACUCCGGAUCUCGAGCUUAGCCAGCUCAACGGCACCCUCUUCCCGCGUAAAUCUUCCCAGACGCCGACACUCUACUCGAGACUCACUACACUCUGGCGACACAUCAGUAAAAGUCGGACGCAUUUUGAGACGGAGCCUGACACAGGUUUUAUAGGCAAAGGAAUGACGAGACACAUAAACAGAUUGUGGAAUUACGGAGCCAAGGGUCUGCUCGGCACGAUGGUUAUACUCUUCCUCUUUCCAGUGGCUUGCAUUUUGAUAAGUUGUGCUUCACUUUUCAUUGCUCUUACUGCAUUUAUGUGGAUGCCGAUGGUAACCUUGGCGCUCCACGCUUUCAUGGCCCUCAUCAUGGAUCUGGACAGUCCGGAGAGCUCUCGAAAUCGUUACCUAGUCGUGAUAGAGGCUUUAGUUUGGAAUAUAGGCAUACAAGGCUGUUUACAACCUAUAGCAGCCUUACUUGUCGCAGCGGUAGUGUGUCCUCUCGUUUCAUUUAUGAUAUUAACAGUUGCUGUGAUACGUUACUGGAUUAGAGUAAUGUGGGACACGAUCAUGUUCCAUUUGGUAAUAAAGAGUCGGGGUCGUAUUCCUGCGAGCGACAGUUUUGUUGUGAAAAGAAUAGCGGGUCCAGGUUUAGCAUCGGAUUACUACUAUCAGAUCAGACCAGAGCAAGCAUUGGCUGCUUUUGAAGCGAAGCUCGAGCUGGACGAACUGCUGGCUUUUCAACAGGAGAUGGAGAGGCUUAUCACGCAACCGCAAAGAGACUUUACUCAAUUCGUCGAGGCAUGCUUCGGUCCGUUUGCGGCAACUCUUGAAAAAACGAAGGAACCGUACAAGUCUCUGGAAAAAGAAGCCAGAGACUUGAUAGCGGCUCUGCAUGAAAAAUUGGAUCGUCGCAGAAAGGAUUUGCAAACUGGGCUUGGCGUCAUGGUUAGAAGCAAGAUAAAGUUGUCGACUUAUGACUUGAAAGUGGUCAUCCAGCAAGCAGCCCUGAUGCUCGAGCGAUUCUAUCCGACUCACGUAUUCUCCAGAAUGUCAUCUCCCGAAGAUGACUUUUGGGAGAAUAAAGGAUUAGGAGUGGGUGAUUGGGCUGGUCUGGCUGGGCUGAUGUAUGCCGACAUCUUUAGUCUAGAUUUUUUGCAACCGCUCGACGACGCCGAUACCAAAUUCAAACUGGAGCCACAUCCUGCCGUAAACUUGUCUAGGUAUACAGAUAUGGUACACAACACUGAGCUAGGCGGUGGCGUCAACGGGCCUGAUCUACUUGGUGCAGUGUAUGCACCGAGAGGCAACAUUCAAGUACACAGUCCACACCUAGCCGUGACGACUUUCCAUCCGCGAGCCACGUUCAAGAAUCAGAACAACAGUAGGAAAGCCGAUAAGCCUAAUGACACCAUUGGAUUGCUCACGUCAACCAGGAUCCGUCGCCGAACGAUGACAAACAACGGCGGAGGUACUGGCGAGGGUCGCUGGCAGCCGUGGAAGCGUCAAAUGCGCCCUUACAGCGCGGAGAAACUCAUGAUUCCUUUGCCAAUUCCUCAUCCAGCUCACAUUGCCGUUACGAUACACAACCGCGAUACCGAGGAUCCGAUUCCCCUUGACUCGGAAAUCUGUCAGGAGAUACUUCGAGCUAUUGAGGAGUCGCCCGGUGAAAUGGCAAUGGAGAGCGUCGUUGUUGGCAGGUAUCGCGGAGGAGAUUCCAGCUUCGACUCCGUUGCUUCGCAAUCAUCCAUUUCCAUCGAGGCUUCUCUCGAUAAGAUCGAAGAAGCAGCACAGCAAGCGCAGGAAGACGACACAGCCGAUGACAAAGAGACUGAGACGUAUCACUGGACGCUGUCGAACUGGGGCGGUGGAAUGGCUAGACGCCGUAACAACUCUGGCUCGAUAAAAGUAGAUUUGGCCUCACCGGAAGACGUGACGCUCGAUACCGACAGUACGCGAGUCAUGUUCAGUACGUACGGAACAACAGUCUAGCUCCAAAACUACGAUUACUUAAACAUUAAUAUUGCGCCUCGAAAUGCGGUCAUCUACGAAAAAUGGAAUUGAUAUUUUAUUCAUAUUAUGAUUUCGACUAUUAUAUUGUGCAUGUAAAAAGCUCGUAUGGUUUUGACGCGCCGGAGAAGAAGGGACACAUCGUUCGAUUUCAUUUCUCAUUUUAUUGUUGAUUACCUAGCUUUUCUUGAUCUAAUCAUCAUAAGCUAUAUAGGAUUAACAACAGCUCAUCAAAAAGUCUGAGAUGAGUGCAUAGAAUUGAGCAUUCCACAAGUAGAGAAUCAAAUGUAGACAAUCCCGGUGGAAAUAAAUUCCGGCACUAGCAAGAUUUCAGUGAUUAUAUUCGUGAAAUUCGACUUUCUUUACAUCGCGCACGAUGUACUAAUCUGUAAAACUGUAAAUAGACAUGCGCGAAAUUGCGUGCGAAGAUUUGCAACAUAAUGAUUUGUUAAUCUAAUUAUAUAUAAAAAAGAAGAACAAAGCUACUAAUACUAAUGUUAUUGCGCCGCAUCAUUGCCGCGGCAUCUAGAUUUUAAAUUACAAGGAAACUGCUCUCUGUCAUUAAUACGCUUAAUUGAUUUAUUCUAAAAGCUUUUUGCAUGACACGCGCAAGCGGAUAAAUCUCAAAGCCCCUUUUGAGGAUUGUAACUAGUGUAAAUGUGAGUCAGAAACUUUUGCCUUUAUUUAGCGCGUACAUGAAUUUACGGUAUGAUGAUCUCAAGUUUAUUCAUUUUGACGAUUUUUACAUUUAAUUUUUAUAAAGAUUUUGAUGACUUUUGUUUUUAAACGCAAUUCCAUCUAUACAAUAUAUAAUUCCAGUACAAAUUUAAAAGUUCUAUAAUAUGAAGUAUUAUUACAUGUAUUCAAAAUUUUUAUUCCACUUAAUGAGAGGGUCGAGCCAGUCGCGACCUUGGCUCGCGAUUAUGCAAAUUUUAAUCUCUUAAUUAUUCUGCUUCAAGUGCGAAUGUAGAUGCGCUUCAAUGAAUCUCCGAUAAAAUCGUUACGAUUAAAAAAGUAGGUUAAAGCACACUAAUAUACAUACUAAUCAAUUUUUUUUUUAUAUAUGCAUAUACAAAAUACGAAAUAAAGACAUCGAGUGUAAUAAAAGAGAUAUAGCUACGAGUGCAUCACAGAACGAGACGAUAAAACAACCCACAUUAGUUCGUAUCGAUAUAGUUAUUAAGUUUCGCGAUAUCUCCAAAGUCGCUUUUCUGAUUCUUUAAGUCGAUGUUCAUAUACAAAAUCGAUUAACUUUGUACAGUUUUGUAAAGUAUGCAAAGAAAGUGUGAAAAUGAGUAGAAGAUAGUCAAAGCGAUGGAUUUAUGGGAGAAAGAAAUUAUCAAAGAGAACAUCUAUAAUACGUUAAUCGCUUAUUCAUUUCGUCUGCAUUGUUAUUUCAUCGAAUAAACGUUUCGAUCUACUUUGACAUUAUUUGUAUCUGCAUUAAAAAAAAAACUUAUCUGCUUGACGAUUCCAUCCAUAAAUUGAACGAGUAACAAAGGUACACAUUAAAAACUGUUAACGUCAUAAACUUUCGAUGCGAACGGCUUCUCAGUGAAGUCAUUUUAAAGACAGAACAAAAGUGAUGGUAAAUAAAAACAAAGAUUUAGGAAAAUAAAUAUGGACACGGGGAUGUUGAUAGAGCGAGAGAUGCGGGUUAGCGAAAAGAAAGAAAACAUCUACGAUCUGUAUAAAAAAAAAUCAAAAUUAUGAUAUCUAGGCAACGAUGUUAUGAAAUAUAUAUUAUAAUAUAAAGCGUCCUAGGCGUUAGGUAUUUAAAAGAAAGCAAAUCUUUAUUAGGAAGUGUAACUAUGAUAUAAACACGUAUUCAUAUAUUACUUUAGGAGCAAAAAAGUAUUUACUCCCCAGUAUGCAUGAGAAAAGUCAGUCUGAUUUUUUUAUUUUCGUUUUCUUAUACAAUUAACACUAUUGUACACCGACUAUACAGGCUCACAAACUAACCGAGUGCGCUAAGCGUACCGUGGCCGCAGCACACAAAUCCUGAGUUCUUGUCAACUAUUACGUUUAUUUACAAAAGACUCUUGCGUACGCCGCUUAUUAUUGUUAUUAUUAUUAUUAUUAUUAUUAUUAUUAUUAUUAUUAUUGUGAAAAAAGUCGACUUUUUGUAAUUUUUCUAUAUUAUAACGUAGGUUAGAAAAGGACACUAUUGUGACUCGAAAGAAAAAAAACAAUAAUUGUUCGCUUAUUAUCUCCUUACUUCCGCUGAAAUUGUAUUAAAAUACUUAAGUUUUCUACUUAUUAAACGUGAAUGUGAA